AAAGGUAGAGUUUACAAAGGUCUAGGAUGACAUCUGGUGUGUUGACUGUGGCCAGACUUAAAUCUAGUUAUUGUCGUUUGGAACGCGCAGCUGUAAACCAGACCUCAUAGGGCUUUUCCUGUUAAUUCGCAGUUCAUUGUGCCUCUUGUUUCAGAGGGAAGAAAAGCUGAUUUAGUAAUCUAAAUGGACGCGAUACUGAAUUACAGGUUGGAAGAUAGUGAAGAUUACUACACGUUACUGGGAUGUGAUGAACUGUCUUCGGCUGAACAAAUCCUGGCAGAAUUUAAGGUCAGGGCCCUGGAAUGUCACCCUGACAAGCAUCCUGAAAACUCCAAAGCUGUGGAGACUUUUCAGAAACUGCAGAAGGCAAAGGAGAUUUUGACUAAUGGAGCAAGUCGAGCCCGCUAUGACCACUGGAGAAGGAGCCAGAUAUCGAUGCCAUUCCAGCAGUGGGAAGCUUUGAGUGACUCGGUGAAAACGUCAAUGCACUGGGCUACCAGAGGUAAAAAAGAUCUGAUGUUGGAAGAAUCUGACCAGACUCAUACCGAUAAAAUUGAAAAUGAGGAACGGAAUGAGCAAAAAGAGAUAAAGAAUGAGGAGUUCGGUCCAACCACAGAGAAAAUGGAGCAAAAAGAAUCCAAAUCCAUGGAGAAGUCAUUCUCCUCACAAAAUCCAGAUUCUCCAGGUUUUUCAGAUGUGAACUGUUGGCACCUUCGUUUCCGCUGGUCUGGGGAUGCUCCUUCAGAACUCCUGAGGAAAUUCAGAAACUAUGAAAUAUGAAAUGUCCCUGCUCCACAGGGGGGAGAGGGAGAGGGAGGGAGGGAGAGAGACAAAGAGAGAGAGAGAGAGAGAUCAUUCCCUGCGCUGCCAACAUACAGCCUUUUUCAAAUCUUAAAAAUGUCAUGUUUGUGAAUUGCUGAGUACAAAUUAAUUCCUCCAUCCUUGAUCCUGUUCUCUCAAUAUGUUUUCUAAACAAGAAAAUUUUCAGACUAGUUUCUUUCAAUAUUUGAGUAAAUUACGGCUCUUAGAUCCAGAGUAGAUUGUAUUAUGUGCGUUUUCCUGUUAAUGUUAUUUAUAGAAAUCCAUUAAAAAUCGAUCUCUAUAUUUAAAUAUUUCAUUGAUAUACCAUGAUCUUUAUGAGUGCUAGAUGUACAAGAAAUGUUUUCUGACUCUGGAUUUAAAAUGAAAUGUGAAAUUACUUGUCUAAACUCCAUUGAAUAAAAUAAAUAAUUUUCCCAAACUUCAUAA